AUGGUGGUAGCAGAUCAAGGCAGCUGGCAAGCUGAUGUCGUUUUUGUUAUUGAAGGCACUGCCAACUUGAGUCCCUACGUUGAAAGUUUAAAAGCAAAUUACAUUCUUCCCACUUUAGAGUAUUUCAAUGGUGCUCCCUCUGAUGAUAGGGAUUGUGGCUGUGAUCCAAAUAGCACCAUGUACGCUUUAGUUGUUUUUAUGGCUGCAGACUGUGCUCCUGAAACUGCUGCUACUUGUUAUCCUCCUACUCCCAACACCCACAAGUUUUUAUCGUGGCUUGAUAAAGUGCAGUUUGUAGGUGGAGCCGGUGAAUCUCAUAGUCAUAUUGCUGAAGGUUUGAGUACAGUUUUACAAGUUUUUGAUGAUUUCCAAAUUCUUAGAGAAAACAGUAUUAACACUCAGAAGCAUUGCAUAUUAAUUUGCAACUCUCCACCAUAUCCACUCCCUUCUUUGGAAAGUUUCACAUACUGUGGGUUAACGAUUGAAAAUUUGGCUGCAUUAAUGGCAGAACGUCAAAUCAACUUUAGUGUUUUGUCUCCUCGAAAAAUCCCUGCUCUCUUUAAACUGUAUGAAAAGGCUGGUGGAGAUUUACAAUAUGCUCUUGCUAAGAACUAUGCAAAGGACCGUCGGCAUCUUGUUCUCUUAAAAGGAUUCCAACUACAAGAACGUCCCAUGAGUCCACCGACUAUGGACAAUAAAGCAUCAGCUCCUCCAAAUGCAUCUGUGUGUAGCCCUCCUGCUACUGGGCAGAAAAGACCAGCAACCAAUUCUCCUCCACACAAUCGAGAAGCUCCUUCUUUUAAACAGCCAACCCCACAAACUAAUUAUAAUAGUUUAGAAUGGAAUUCAUCUGAGGCACAGAACAAUACAUUGCCAAAUCCCAACCAAGUUCAGCCUCCAGUGUCUGGGCAGUCAACAUUGCAAAAUUAUGGCCAAGGGUCUAUGGCAGGCCAGCCAAACCAGCCUUUGCCUCAACGACCUGGGAUACCAACACCUCCUGCCUCUCAUCUUAAUUCAUUAAACCAGCCUAAUCCACCUAAUGUUACAAUAACAAAUAAAGGUCCUCCUACCCAACAUACUGAUGGUAUAAGACCUACAAGAGGCCAUUCUCCUGUUCCUCCAUGUGGCCCACGUAUUUCAUGGAAUCAAGCUGCGUCCUCACCUCCAGCUUCUACGCCUCCUACUACAAACAGUGUACUUGCAAAUCAACUCAAUAUGCCCUCUAAUAAUUUGCCUUUAAGACCUCAAAUGCAGCCCAAUCAAGCAGUCCCUAAUAUUGUGUCUCAAGCUCAACCUAUGAAUCCUGCGCAAAAUGUUUUAAAUCAGCCUGGAGCUCUUCAGAGAAAUAUGAAUGUCAAUGCUAUUCGCUUGGCAAACACAUCACCCGGUCCUGUUCCUAAUCAAACCAAUCCCAUGACUGUUCAGAUGACAUCGGUUCAGCUGCAUCAGUCAUUUGGGCAGGCUGCUCAACAAGCACCUCAGCAGUCAGUCAACAUGACGACUGGCAUGCCUACAACAGUGCAGCCCAAGUUGGGAACUGUCGCUGGUGGCAAUCAAAUGAUUCAAUCUCAAGGACAACAAAUGGCACCAGUGUCGUCUACCAAUAUGGGACUUCAGUCGGUGCCUGGGGGUAUGCUCCCCAUGACUCAGGGCACUCCACAGCAAGGACAGCAGACAACUAACCCUGCAGUGAACACAAAAGAUAGGCGCACGAUAUGGCAGGGAAUCAUUGAAUUCCACGAAAAACCUUUGGUUGCAACUCAACCUCAGCAAAGAGUUUCUCAUAGCCUGUCCUGUACUUUUUCUUCUAUGGUUACUAAUGGAGAAUCUGAUGUUAAUGCUGAUAAGUGGCCAAACCGACUGAUACUUCAACUCAUUCCUAGACAGCUUUUUGUUUUAGCUAACCUUUUCAGCACCUUAAAAACAUCUGCAAGACAUAUUUUAAUCCAUUUUAAUCAAGAAUCUGAAGCCCUAGCAAAGCUGUGUAAGAUGAUGAGCUCUGGUCUGGUUGGAUGCAUUCAGUUUCCUCCAACAUGUGACACAAAAAUUAUGGUUCUUUUAUAUAUGCCUGAUAAAAGGAUAUACAUGGGAUUUAUUGCAAAUGACCAAGAAAGUUUUUUCAAUAGUAUUAGACAAAUGUAUGAAAAUCACCGCAAAACACAGCAACAGAAACAAAGGAUGCAGCAACAAAUGGGGAAUAACAUGCCGCCAUCGGAUGGUAUGGUACUGUCUUCAACAAAUGCAGCAAAUCCGAAUAUGAUGAUUAAUCAGCCUUCUGCAGCUAAUUUGAACCCUAACAACAACCAGAUGGCCUCACGUAUGCCAAUGAACCAGCAGCAAGUUGCUCUGAACAACCCAGCUUCCCAGGGUCAGGCACCAAAUACUACAAUGGUCCAUUCCACAAAUCUUAAUCAGCAACAGCAGCAGCAGCCCUCUAUGUCACAAGCUGCCAGGUUAUCUCAAUUAGAGGCUGCAAGGCAGCAGAACCUGGUGAAAAUACAGCAACUGCAGCAAACACUGGAAGCUGCCCAGCAAAAAGAAUUGCAGUUUAAAGCUGCUCAGGAACAACAGCAACAGCAGCAACAACAACAGGCACAACAACAACAACAGCAGAUGAUUGACCGACAAAAUGCUCUUAGACAUUUGAAAAUGCAACAGUUGCAGCAGAAUUUGGAAGCUGCACAACAGAAGGAAUUGCAGUACAAAGCUGCUCAAGAGCAACAACAACAGCAACACCAGCAACAACAAAUGCUAGAUACAGAGAAUGUUAUAAGACAAUUGCAACAACAGCUACAACAACAACAGCAACAACUCGCUCAGCAACAGCAACAGAGUAUUCAGAUGCAGCAGCAGGGUAACCCUCAGUUACGAAACUUGUUACAACAGCAAGCUGUGCAACAACAGAUGAGGAGACAGCAGCAGCAGCAGCAGCAACAACAACAACAACAACAGCAGCAGCAUAUGCUAAUGCAACAACAUCCUCAAGGUAUUCGCCCUCAGAUUGGCAGGAAACAUUCCACAGGGUACUUUAGGAGGAUCAGUUGGGCCUCAGCAACAGCAACAGCAGCAGCAUCCACAGCAACAACAAUCGUGGGCAGAAUCUGCUCUUCUUGAUAUGCUACCAUGAGUUUUUGACGUUAAUAAUUCAUUAGUCAUCAUCAAUAGCUUUUAAUUAAUAUUUCAUUUUUUGAACUUUAUGAACCGUAGGCGCACCAAGUAAAGUAAACAUGCUUUUGCUCAUCAUAAUUCUUCAACCCUCUACUAGCUCAAAUCGUAUUUUUUUAAAAGAGUAUUGCAUUAAGGUUUCCUAACAAAUGAAACUCCAUAAUGGUACAGAGGACUUUUUCUUUUGUUGAAAAUAAUGUAACAAUUUUGUUCAAUUCAUCAGUAUUUGCAUACACUUUAAGAAUUAUGUUCUCUUUUGAAUGACAUAAACAAAAUGAAUACACAAUUUCAAGUUAUGUUAGUUCUUUUUUUAAAUUUGUAACAUGGAUGAUUAUGUUCUGCUAGUAUCCCUGAAUUUUACAGUCUAUGUGCCCAAUGCUACUUCCUUUUUCAGUGAUGUAAACAAAUAAGCAACAAAUGUCCAAACAAAUGCGCGACAUUGAAGUUGAUAAAGCUGACAACUUUGAACAAAUCUUGUAAGCCAGAAGCUGGAUAAGGGAGUUUCACUCUAGCCUUUGAAUAAAUAAUUUCAAUAUUUUAAAAUCAUUUUAUGCUUUAUUACUGUUAGCUUUUCAUUUUACUCACUAUAACUUAAAAAUACUUACAAUGAUUAGUUUGAGCACUGUAUAAAAUCCACUACUAUGUAUUUCUGUUUAAAGUAAUUAUUAUUUUGUAGAAUGACUUUUUGUAAGAGCAGACUGAGAUUAUUUGGACUUUUCUCAUUUUUUUUAGAAACUUCUAAGUUUAGAUCAUUUGAAAAAUUGUUUUUUUUUUUUUUUUUUCCUAUUUUUUCUCUUUUAGUUAACUUGAAAAUGAGCUAAGCAAGAGUCAGCGUUGCACUCUAAAUAUAAUCAGUUUUAAAUUCUGGCGCUUACUCUAUAAAAAAAAUACUUUUUUUAGAACCUUCUGCAUUUAUAAAGUGAUAAGAAAUUAAAGAUUUAUUAAGUAUUUUUCGUUCUAAAACUUUUUCAACAAGCAUUUAUUUUAUUUAAACAAAAUUACUUUGUAAUAUUUACUUAAAUAUAUUGUAUAGGUUUUAGAUUUUUUCCUUGUAAAAUUUGAAUAUUACACACAUUUGCAAACAUUUUGUAAAAAUUACUCUUUCAUGCGAAAUAAGUCAAUUUCAUAUGCAGUAUAAUAUUUUCAUAUUUUUUUUUAGAUUUUUCACUGUAACACAUAAGAAAAUAAUUCUAUGGAAUUGAAAGAAUGUUUCAACAGUUAUCAGUUUUUAAACAAAUACAUUUACAUCUUGACAAUAAACUGAAUGGAGAUAUGAAGGGUUGAAUGUAUAAACCUCUUGUAACAUAUGCCAGAGCUGGUUUUUGCUUACUAUUUAUCUAGUAGAAAAUGCUUAAAUUUUGUCUUUCUUGAGCUGGUGUGCACAGUGAUUCAUUGACAGUGUGCCGAAUUAACCUAACUUAAAAGUACAAGUAAAAACAAAUGUUCGAUUUAUUGUACAUGCGAGUAUACCAUUAAGUAUAUUGAACUUUUGUUAAAGAAAAAUAACUACCUUAGAGCCAUAUAUUUUAAGAUAGUUAAUAUUAUUGGAGAAUCCAAUAAAGCAUUUUGGCUAAAUAUAACUUUCAUAAGUUUUCAAAAAAAAAAAAGAACUAAUGGAAUAAAAUGCAUUUUGAAAAUUUAAUUCCAUGUAGCAAGUUUUGACAUAGUUGCUCUUGAAUGUAAAUAGCAAUGUUAUGACUGUUGAUAGCUGUAUAGUAUUAAAAAUUACAAAAUCUGUGUAAAAUGUAUUGUAUAAUUAUUGUAAAGUAUUUUCCUCUUUUCUGUCAAUUCACUUAACCAAUUUUAGCAAUUUGUUUUUUAAAAAUAUACUUUGAAGAUGUGAAAAAGUUGUUGCUAUUAUAUAGGUUAAUAAAUUUAAGUUUAAAUACUGCAACACAUGAAAACUAAUUGUGCUUUUAUUUUCAAAUGAAAUUCAAAAAAUAGUUUGUUAAAUGUUUUUUUAGAAAAUUAAUAUUAUUUAAAGACUUCUUGUAACCUAAUGAAUGCUGAUAAAUAAAUACCUUUAUGCUGAACAGUAAAGUAAGAAAAACAUAAAAAAAAAAAGCACAAUUGGCAAAUUUGUGCUUUUUUUAACGUUGUUUUUCUUACUUUACUAAUGAAUGCUAUUAAUGAUAUCAAAUUGUUUUUUGUGAAAAGUGAAGGUGAAGCUUUCUGAGAAAGAUAUUUUGAAGAAAUGGUAUGCUUUUAUAUCAUGAAUUUCUGAAGAACAAUUUUUGUGGCAGAACAAAGUGUUUUCUAAUGUUGUCAUUGAUUGUAGUUUUCUCGAUGUUACAUUGUACAAAGUUUUUAAAUAAAUUUAUCAUUAGA